UCAUCACAUCGCACGACAUACGAUCGUCAGCAAGGUGUCCAGAAGUUGUUUUGAAUGCAUUUAAAGUAGCUAGAAAGUACGGAUUGUACAUGUUUACAAGGACAGGGUCAGUGAACCCCGUCACACAAUCAACUGUCAUGCAAACCACAAACCAAAUGACCACCAUGAGCACCAUGACCACUGGGAAUGCAUCGGAUAUCAACAACAUACAACAUUGUCUCCUUGUACUAUAUUCUAGUAUUGGGGACUCACAAAUACGAUAUUGGGAUUUAGCGCUUUUGAUUCCCAAUAUGCUGUUUUUAAUUUUCCUGAUUGUGAAAGCAAAAGCUGCCAUUGUCAAACUGAGGCAGACAACCAGUCCGAUUUUUGUUACAUUCUAUAUAACAGUGUUUACAAUUGCAGUAAUCAGCGUAGUAAGGGGAGUUGUCUCAAUGAUGGUUGCGUCAUCCACAAGGGCUGGUGAUAUAGUUGAUACUGCUCUUUGGUUGAUCCUGAAGUUCUUUCUACUUGGAGCUGAGCUGAGUGUUCUGACCUUUGGCCUUGCAUUUGGACACCUUGACAGUAACUCAAGCAUCAAGAGAGUUCUUCUGGUGACAGCCUUCAUCUCCUUAGCAUACUCAACCUCACAGGGAGUCCUGGAGGUGAGAUAUCCAGAUUCACAUUUUGAUAAUGAUAAUCCAAAGGUUGAGUUUGACGUUUUUGCUCAUGGUGGCACUAUAUUCUUCUUCACAAGUUCACUUGUCUUUUUCUUGAUAUAUUCAGUGGUGCUAAUUUUACCUUGUACAAGAUUAAGGAACUCAAUACAACUACCAUCCAAACGUUCCUUCUAUUACUACUGUACUUGCCUGUCGGUCCUCAAUGGUAUACAAGCCAUUGGAUGUGCAAUAUUACACUAUAACAUAACACAGGGUCUUUGCAUAAUUGAUGUAACUUCUUACCUGUACUUCACUUGUUUUGCUCCGCUUGUGUACCUUACAUUCCUCCACAACUUCUUAAGAAGUCCGCAGCCAGCCCUUCUCUUUUCCUACAAGCCUCAGAUUGACGAAGUUGACGAUGAAACACACACAUUUCCUCGAACGAUUACCAGAGUUGCCGAAUCACCCAUCAACAUCAUGUAUGAAAGUACAGAGUUUGCAGGACAUAGCAACCCCAAUAGCUAUCUCAGUGACCAAACUUAUAGUCUGAAUGCUGGUACAGAAAAGCAGAGUCCGGAUGCAUAAUAUUUUAGAAUGUGCAAAACUUGAGAAGAAUUUUCCAAAAUGAUACUGCAUGUGUUGCGAUGGAUUUAUAACAGAAUAUUUUCAUAUACGUUACCAGAGAUUAAAUCUACUUUUUUAAAAAUAUGAUGUCAAUAUGUUGAGAAUUUUUUUUUUUAUAUUCUCAGCAAUAUGUACAAGAAUAUAUGUACCUUAUGUUUAUGUACUAUAUGUACUCUUUGUUAAAAAGGUUCAUUAUUGUUUAUGUGGUUGUUAAAUGUAAAAUAUAUUUUACACAUAUAUUCUUUGCUAAUCAGCAUUAUCAUUAUACAAACUAAGCAAUUAAAUAGUAAUGUUUAUUAUGUGAAUAACAUCAAAUCAGCAGUUUUUAUUUAAAAAGUUGAAAACUUUUGUGAUGCUUUGAAGUCAGCAAUUGCUGGUUAUGUAAAAGUAACAUGAUAAAGAGCCCUGGAUGUUUUAUUUUAACUGGUAUAGAAGUAUGAAUGGGAAGUAUAUUUAAAAGUCCCUUUGAGAAGUAUAUUAAUUAGUGUGUGUAUGUCAGUGAGGUUCACGGACCAAAUUCAAAUAAUUUUAUGAUAUAAAUAUUUGAGGUUUUACUUGUUUGAUAGUUGUACUUGAUCUAUCUAAAAGAGUCGAAAUUAAUUAAAUCAAAGUUUAUUUAUAAGACCAUUGAUUUUUUUUAUCAAAAAAUAUGAAAAUUCCAAAAAUUUAGACAAAUAUUUUUUAAACUAACAAAGUUUAUGGUUCACUGAAUUGUUGUUUACCCAGUAGUAAUGAGAAAACUUUACAAUUUCUUUCACUGCGGUUGCUCAAAGAAACAAAUAUUUUCAUUUCAUUGCAUUCAGACAAGUGAAUGCAUAGAGUGUAAACUUAUUAAAAGCUUUGUUAGCAACUAAUGAGGCUUGUCAACUUCAGUUACAUUGCCAUUUUAUCCAAAGAAGUAUUAAAUUAUAGUCUUGUGGUGUAAUCACAAAAUUCAAUUACACUAUUAAAAAAUCUACAGGUAUUUGGCUUCUUUCGUAUUCUGUUACUUUCGCUAUUGCAAAAAGUAGUAACUAGUGAAAUAGAUUGCACUGGAUUUAUUUUAGAGAUUAAUAUUUUGAAGAUGCAAUAGUACUUAUACUGGGUUAUCUGAGUAGGUGAAUCACUUUAAAUACUUAUGAUAUCGUAACUGUUGAAAGGGACUUUUCCAAAUAAUAAUACAGUAUAACUAAAUACACUUCUUUGGAAUGUGAUAGACUCACUGAAAAACUUUAUUCAUGUUAUGUGUUAAAAUUGAUUACUAUUGGAGUAACGUACCAGUGUUCAUUUACUGUAAACACAAAUAAGCUUUUUAAUAGAAACUGAUAAACUGUUUUUACUAUUACACUGGGAUGGUAAUGUUCAUUUAUUACAUAUACAAUCAUACUGUAACAGAUGAAAUAAUAUUACUAUUUAGGUAAGUUCUACUUCUACCAUGGGGUUGAUAUUAGAUUUGUGUUUUAGCGAUGAAAUAGUAUUAAUAUUCUUUGCAAUGACGAGAGAAAAUGGAGUACUGGUUGCACUCUAUAUUUUGAGUACAAUAGUAUAAGAGAUGAAAUAGUUCACUACUAUGACAGAAUGUGUGUGUUAAUGAAAUAAUGAACUAUAAAAUUCAUUAAAGAACAUUUUUCAGCGAUCUGUUGUGAAGAUCUCAGAGAUCUCACUGAAAAAAUAGGCCCGAUUCGUUCGUAUUACUGUAUAUAAAUGUUAUUGCAAAGUAUAUAAGUUUAUAUUGCAAUACUCUUUAACAUGUCAACAUAUUUGUAUAUAGCUGCAUAAAAAAAUUAAACGCUUUAUUGAGCUUGUAAAUAAUGAGGGAAAAGGGAGUUAUCGGAAACAAUAUAAACAGAUGUAUGUAUAUUAAUAAAGAUAAAACAUUUCUUAAUGUACCUUAUUUGUAUUUUGCUUUGUAAGAAAAAAAAAUAUUGUUUCGUAUAUUGCAGACGAUCCUUACUGAGCACUAAGCAUUAGUUCGAGAAAGGAAAAAUGAGCUCUGAAUCAGUUAACAUGAUAUCCGUUCUUAUUAGAAUUACGAAUACGAUUUAUGAUUCUCGUAAAACAGACACGCGGUCGAUGAGAGAGUUCACUGCAUGAACAAAAUGUCGAGAUUUUUAUACAAAUGUAAAAUCUGUCAAUUUGUCUUUAACAAAAGACUUCAAAGAGUUAUAGUGAUUCAUUUGCUUUACUGUCUUCCCCCUUCCCCACCCACGACCAUUUUGCUGUAUUGUUAACGUCAACAAAUAAACGAAAGGAAAUAAA